CUUCACUAUGUUGUCAUUUCAUUUUUUAGGAAUGCCUGGUGCUGCACCUCACAUGUCCUCCUGCACUCUCACUGAAUCAGGAUUGAUCCUCUGGCUUGACAGUAAUGGCUGAGGAGGGAUAUGCCAGAUCAUGAGAAUAAAGUUUCCAGAGAAUGAAGAGUUUACUUGUUUUUGAUUUUGAUCACACAAUUGUAAAUGGAAACAGUGACACUUGGGUUGUCAAAUGUAUACCUGAAAAGAAGCUUCCAGAUUGGCUUCGUGAAACUUAUGAUGGAACACACUGGAAUGAAUACAUGCAAAAGAUCUUUGCCUAUUUUGGAGACCAAGGAAUCAAGGAAUCUGAAAUGAAAAGUGUUAUGCAAUCAAUGCCAUAUACUAAAGGGAUGGUUGAUCUCCUGAAGUUCAUUUGCCAAAAGAAGGAUCAAGUUGACUGCAUUAUAAUUUCUGAUUCUAAUACAUGUUUCAUCAAUUGGAUUUUAGAAGUAACAAAUAGCAGCUCGGUAUUUAAUAGCAUUAUUACAAAUCCAGCAAAUUUUGAACAAAAUCAUCUGGUAAUUAAGGGCUUUCAUUCUCACAGCUGUCCAAAUUGCCCUGAUAAUCUUUGCAAAAAAAAAGCAUUGGAUGAUUUUAUUGCUGAUCAACUUAAAGCAGGGGUACAGUAUCAAAGAAUCAUUUAUACUGGUGAUGGUGCAAAUGACUUGUGCCCAAUUAAAGGUUUGAGAGAGUGUGAUGUUGCGAUGGUAAGAAAAGGAUACAAGUUAGAAAAACUGAUUCAUGAAUUGCUUGAUGGAGACUCAGGUUCAAUGCUGCCAUCAAUUGUGAUAUGGUUGUCAGGUGAAGAAAUCCUGUCUUAUUUGAGAAAAUGUUUGAAAACUUAAGAAAGUCUCUGAUUUAUUUAGAAACCUGAGCAAACAAAAAGCCUACAAUUUAAUUUCAUUUGAUUAUACUUCAUAAGUAUAAAAUUCAUAAACAUUGCUAAAAAUGUCAAAGUCAAAUCUUUUAAUCUUGCAUUCUUCAGGGCAUCAACUCCUGAUGAGGGCAAGACAAAAAGCUUUGACUCCUUAUCUUCUUUCAGCAAUCUUUAAAUUCUGUAUUAUCAAGCAAUUGUCAUUCAUAAUUUAAAAAAUCAGCAGAUUUCUCGGAUUACAACACAUUUCUUGGGCACUCUAACUUCAGCAAACUAUCAAUAAUGACAUUGUGAUUUGACGGUUUUUCCACUAAGAUCUGACUUUUAUAUUCUUAAAUCGCUAAAUACGAAAUUGCCAAGUUGCUCUUUAAAUUUAAUGACAUUUCCCCUAGUUAUUCUGGAAUAGUGUUUAAAUUAAGUGCACCAUGUACAAUGGGAUGGUACUUAUUACAUUAGGAUUAAUCUUGCAGGUGGAGUGUAAUACAUUACUCAGGGCUGAAUUAAAUAUAUAUAUACAUAUUUCUUAAUUCUGUUAAAUUUCAACUACAUCCAACAUGGUGGAACAAAGCAAAUUUGCAACUAUCAUGAAACGAGAAGGCAUAUUUCAAUAGGUUAUUGUCUACUUGAUUAUUUUAAUAUUUGUACUUAAAGCCAAGAUAUACUGUUAUUUGUCAGUUGACACACAGUGCUAUUGCAUAAUGGCUGAGAAAUUGCAGGAAAAUAAAAGCAGUAUUUCCGAUUGGUGAAGCAGUUGUAAGAAAGCUUAUUCAGUUUUAGUUUGAUUUGUCAUAUGGUGUGUUUUUGCAAAAGGCUAGUAACUUAUUUGCUGUGUGCUUAAGGGAAAAGUCUCUUGGUCCUCAAUUGAAUUUGUGUAUUGGUGAUUUUUUUAAAAUCAAAAUGUUUUUGAAUCCUAAAUUAUGAUAGGCAAUGAAUUCAAAAGAGUACCACAGCUGUAAUCAACUUACAUAGAAAUAAAAUGUUAAUUCAUUGUGUGCUUGUUAACACCUUUGUCUUUUAAACUUCAAAUUUAUAUCUAUUAAUAGUUUAUUUCAAAAACUAAGCAACAGUUAAUGGAAUGUUUCAAUAUGUUUACUAUUUAAAAAUAUUGCACUGGUUUUUAGAAAAUGGUCCAUACCACGAGAGACUGUUAAUACAUUAUUUAAAUUAUACCAAUGGAUUUUUAGUUUUAAUUUUUGCUUCUGAAAUAACAGAUAUUGAUUGUGUGUUGCAGUUUCAUGUUACAUACUAAUUCUACUGCACACGUUGUGUAAAACAUAAAAACAUUAAAAAACAUGUGGUUCUUUAUUUUUAUAAAUAAA